UCUGAAGUUCCUGAGUUCAAGUGAUCUACCCGCCUCAGCCUCCCAAAGUGCUGGGAUUACAGGUGUGAGCUACUGCACCUGGCCUUAUCCUUUUAAUUGCCGAAGAUGGUGAGGAAAAUAAUUCAGAGGUUAUUCGGGCCAACACGGAGAAAUUCUGGGUGAGUUGAGGAAAACAUCAUAUGAACUGUGUCAGCGUUCAUAUUAAAUUAGCUGAUGGCCCCAUCUGUAUUUUCACUGAAAUGACUCAUGUGUGGUGUUUUAGUUUAUUGAGUUUCCUUGAAUAUUUUCUCUUUUUCCAAAGCUAUAAAAACUAGUGAUUUCCUAGUAUUUCCCUCUCAAAGCAGUAAAGGGGCUUUAGGAAAUUGAAAGGAGGGAAUUGGAAAGUUGGACUCCAAGCCUCUCAGCGCAGGUUCCACCAGAACAGUUCCCAUUUAAAUAUUAAAGUCCAGGUGUUAUGGGCUAAAUUGUGACCCCUCAACAUUCACAUAUUGCAGCCAUAACCACCCCCCAGUCCUCCUCCACUCAGAAUGUGACUGUAUUUGGAGAUCAGGUCUUUAAAACGGUGAUUAGGUUAAAAUAAGCCCGUUAGGGUGGGCCCUAAUCCAAUAAGACUGGUGUCCAUAUAAGAAGAGGAAAUUUGGGGAUCUGGUAUGGUGGCUCACACCUGUAAUCCCAGCACUUUGGGAGGCUAAGGCGGGCAGAUCCCUCGAGGCCAGGAAUUCGAGACCAGCCUGGCCAACAUUCCCUGUCUCUACUGAAAAUACAAAAAAAUUGGCCCAGCGUGGUGGCUCACGCCUGUAAUCCCAGCACUUUGGGAGGCUGAGGCAGGUGGAUCAUGAGGUCAGGAGAUCGAGACCAUCCUGGCUAACAUGGCAAAAUCCCAUCUCUACUAAAAAUGCACACAAAAAAAAUAGCCAGGAGUGAUGGCAUGCGCCUGUAGUCCCAGCUACUCGGUAGCUCGGGAGGCUGAGGCAGGAGAAUCACUUGAACCUGAGAAGUGGAGGUUGCAGUGAGCUGAGAUAGUGCCACUGCACUCCAGCCUGGCUGACAGCGAGACUCUGUCUCAGGAAAAAAAAAAAAAAAUUAGACAUGGUGCAUGCCUGUAAUCCCAGCUACUCAGGAGGCUGAGGCACCAGAAUUGCUUGAGCCCAGGAGGCGGUGGUUGCAGUGAGCUGAGAUCAUGCCAUUGCACUUUAGCCUGGGCAGUAGAGCAAGACUCUAUCUCAAAAAAAAAAAAAAAAACAAAACAAAAAGAAGAAGAGGAAAUUUGGAUACAGAGACUCCAGGGGUGCACGGUGCACAGAAGGACCACCACGUGAAGAGGCAGCAAGUGGGCAGCCAUCUGCCAGCCAAGGAGACAGGCCUCAGAGGAAACCCAACCCUGCUGACAUCUUGAUCGUGGACUUCCAGUCUCUAGAAUGGCUCUCCAACCUGUCACCCUGGCCCUUCUUUGCUUGGACGGUGUCUUCCUCUCCUCAGCCGAGAAUGACUUCGUCCACCGGAUCCAGGAGGAACUGGACCGCUUUCUGCUGCAGAAGCAGCUGUCAAAGGUUCUUCUUUUCCCCCCACUCUCCAGUCGCCUCCGGUACCUGAUCCAUAGAACAGCAGAGAAUUUUGAUCUCUUGAGCAGCUUCUCCGUUGGGGAGGGCUGGAAGAGGAGGACGGUCAUCUGUCACCAGGACAUCAGGGUACCCAGUUCGGAUGCCCUCUCUGGCCCCCGCCGCCCUCCUGCCUCCUACCCCAGCAAGUACCACAGUCCUCGGCCCACCUCCAACCAAGGAGCAGCUGCGGUUCCCCGAGGUGCCCGGGCUGGCCGGUGGUAUCGUGGACGCAAGCCAGACCAGCCUUUGUAUGUGCCCCGGGUGCUGCGCAGGCAGGAAGAAUGGGGGCUGACCUCUACCUCGGGGCUCAAGAGAGAGGCCCCAGCUGGCACGGACCCAGAAGAGCCUGGAGAUGUUGGUGCUGGAGACCCCAACUCUGAUCAGGGACUCCCUGUGCUGAUGACUCAGGGAACAGAGGACCUAAAGGGCCCAGGACAAAGGUGUGAGAAUGAGCCACUGCCGGACCCUGUUGGCCCUGAGCCCCCAGGGCCUGAGAGUCAGUCAAGGAAGGGAGACAUGGUGGAGAUGGCCACACGGUUUGGGUCCACCCUGCAGCUAGACCUGGAAGAGGGGAAGGAGAGUCCGCUGGAGAAGAGGCUGGUGGCAGAGGAGGAAGAGGACGAAGAGGAGGUGGAAGAGGACGGCCCAAGCAGCUGCUUGGAGGACGAUUACAGUGAGCUGCUGCAGGAGAUCGCAGACAACCUGACGAAGAAGGAGAUUCAGAUAGAGAAGAUUCACUUGGACACAUCCUCCUUCGUGGAGGAGCUGCCUGGAGAGAAGGACCUUGCCCACGUGGUAGAGAUCUAUGACUUUGAACCAGCGCUCAAGACGGAGGACCUGCUGGCAGCGUUUUCUGAGUUCCAAGAGAAGGGGUUCAGGAUUCAGUGGGUGGAUGAUACUCACGCACUCGGCAUCUUUCCCUGCCUGGCCUCAGCUGCUGAAGCCCUGACCCGGGAGUUCUCGGUGCUCAAGAUCCGGCCCCUCACGCAGGGAACCAAGCAGUCAAAGCUCAAAGCCUUGCAGAGGCCAAAACUCCUGCGUCUGGUGAAGGAGAGGCCGCAGACAAAUGUGACCGUGGCCCGGCGGCUGGUGGCCCGGGCCCUGGGACUCCAACAUAAAAAGAAAGAGCGGCCUGCUGUCCGGGGUCCGCUGCUGCCCUGAGGCCUGGAGACCCAACCGGCCUGGAUCUGCGCCCUGACGUAGCUGGUGCCCCCAACACCAUAAGCCUUCACAGACGCCGGAGCAGCCCCACGCCACCCUCGAGCUUCACCAUGGGGUGUGGUGGGCUUUAGUUUAGUCCCAGAAAUGGAGAAAAAAUAAAAACUCACGUUGUUCUAAUGUGA